UCUAAAAGUAGAGCCCAUUUUCUCACAGGUGCUGAGGCCCUGACUGGGGCAUUGAGGAUAUGAUAUUCAUUCUGUGUGUGUCUGUGUUUGUGUGUUUACAUUUACCAUAUUCAACUCUCCUGUCCUGCCUGUCAACACUGUAAUCAAAUCAGGCUGUUCAUCUUGGUUUGGAUGCAUCUCUCAUACAUAUGUAGGUGUUUAAAUCUUUAUAAAAUCAUGUUAUACCUCCAUUGUAGUGUAUUUUGCUUAGUAUUGAAUACUUCAUUAGGUUUCGUCAAAUGGGUUUAAUAUGAGCCUGCUGUGUCAGUAAACUGACUACUUUUGAUCCCUUUAUUGUUGAGCUACUGUAUACAAUAUGUUUACAGUGAAUUGUUUAUCAAACAUUAGGUUAAGUAGGGCUUUGCUCAAGUCUGAUGUAGUGUAUUUUGUUAUAUGCACAUUCGUUCACUCAAUAUGCAACCAUUCCAGCCUUAACUACAAUGGUUUGUAGCUCCAUUAGGUAGUGCAGUCUGCACUGUACAAUAUGAAAAGUUAAAGUCCCAGUGCAGUCAAAUUCUAUUUUUUCUGUGUUUUAUAUAAUAUUGUACAACAGCUGAUGAAACGUAUACUGUAAAAGUGUGAAACAAUUUGAUCAAUGUUAUUUUAUGUUACUUGCUGGUUGAAAAUACAAUCUUCACAGGACCUUCUCAUCAGAAGGUUUGCAUGGGCAGGAGUUUAGGCUUUCCAUGGUGACAUCACCAUGUGGUAAAUCGGUUAUUGGGUCGAUCACAAAGUGAGUUCCAAACCUCUCUGCCAGUUCCUCCAGACAGUUUUCAGUUUUCCCCUCCCUACUCAGACAACUCCCAGACAGUCCUAGCAAAGUUUUGCCCAUUUUAUUGGAAAUCUAGUACAGUAAGGUACUUAAACGCCCACACCUGUAGAAAUUCACUUUUUUGAGCAGAAAGACGAUGGCCAGAGCAUACCAAUGAUGUUGAACAACGAUUUAAGUCAAUAAUUCAUAAUUUUAGUCAAAAUAUGAUAUAUUUGCAUGACGUGACAAAUCCAAACUGUCUUUGAAAUGAGUGCAAAUUAUUUUCAUUUAAAAAUCUUUUAGAAACACCGGCAAAGUUAUUCCUAUUCGCGACUGAGCCAAACAGCCUUACAUGUUCUUACUCCUGCUUUAUACAGCUAUUUUCCAAUAUCUAUCUAUCUGUUUGUCUGUGUGCGUGUGUGUGUGUAUGGGUGGGUUGGUUCUCCUAUCCUUGUGGGGACCUCUGUUUGUAACUUUGUCCAUGUUUAUGUGUCUCACUUCAUCCAUUUGUCUAUCAGUUUUAAGCUGUAGACGUUUGUGAGUGUAAGGUUUCUAGUCGCAAAAUCAAAGACCGGGGUUUGCAUGAUUUACCCUCACGAGGUCUCCAUCCUCAUGUUGACCAUCAGUGGAGGACUUUCCUCAUCUUGGAAGGGUCGGAAGAAACUGUACGCGCUUCAGUCUGCAAUGCGCAUUUCACCUGGGAGUCCUUUUUGAAUUACUUGCCGGAAGAGAUGGACUUUCAAAAUUCGACUCAAUGAAGAUGUUGUUCCAACCAUCUACCUGGAUGGUGUAAGUAAAGAGAGCUUCUCAGCUAGCUAGUUUGCAGAUCAAAUGUCAAUUCUAGACUUGCCUCUUCUAGUUAGCUACAUCAUUGCAAGAAAUCUUUAUGCAAGUAACUAGCUAGUUAGCAUAUCAAAUGUCAAUUCUCGACUUGCUUCUUCUAGUUAGCUACAUCAUUACAAGAAAUGCAAGUAACUAGCUAGUUAGCUAGCUAAUGAUAUUAGCUAUUUGACUAGCAAGCUGACUGCUGACUAGCUAGUUGAUUAGCUAGCUGUAAUAAAUGCAUGUUAUCAAAACGUCUUAAUGAAGCGAGUUCAGUUCAAGUUAGCUAGCUAGCUACCAACUAUUUGGUUUAGGGUAAAACAUAUCCAAAACUGUAGAAUAUACAAAUAUAUUUACAGGUUUCUAGAACACGAGAGAUCGGCUGCCAGACAGACCCACUGCAGGCUUGUGAUUUCUCUGUACAAGCAUCCCCACAAAAGAGGAGCAAGGUAAAAAUGGCAAGAGUGGACUACUCUAGCGAUGACUCCAUACUCCAGUUAUAACCCUGAUGAUGACACGGACACCGUCUGCGAUGGCCAACUGUAAGAUGACACUAUCGUGAGCAUGCAAUGGCAAUUUAGGGAGUCCCUGACAUACCUGUUCACAUGUCUGCUGCAGCUUUUCCACUGUUGUCCGGUUUGUACCAGAACAUGGAGCAUCACAAAGCGGUUCAAAGGCACCCUGAUUUCCAUUGUCAGAUAUGCCCUCACUGCGACCACACCACGACGUGGAAGAGUCAGCCGUAUGUGUCCGCCAACCCUGCAGGCAACCUCCACCUAACUGCAGCUAUUGCUUUCACAGGCUCUUCUUUUGCUCAGACAAACAAGUUCCUGAAUCCGCUAAAAGUGCAGACCAUAUCUUAAAUCGAUGUUUUGCAGACAUCAGAAAACGGUCCUGCUUCCAACCAUAUACUAGCAGUGGAAGUCAGAGUCGUCCAGCAGUAUGUCGUGAAACCUUUGGAUCUUGGAGGGGAUAUGACAGCAGACUAGCCAGGCCACUGUGCAACAUUUGCGCAAAGAGGUUGGCAAUAGUCAGAGAACGGAGAAGGAGGGACUGCUGAGGAGCAUUGUUUUUGGAGGAGGCAGAUGUCAGCAUCGGCUCCAUUAUCACAGAUCAACACUUCUCAAUCCAGAAGUUCCUGAGGGAGGAGAUGCCUGACAUUAAUAACUACUACGAUGGGUGUCAUGUGGUUAAAUACUUCUCCUUGCAGCCAUUCACUACAACGAGAAUGCAGACAGGCCUGAGGUAACCACUGCAGCCGGAGAACCCAGGUCCAUGAUUCGGUUCCCUAAGUGGAAGAAAGGGGGCUAUUCCAUCCAAAUCCAUCUCCACAAACUCCUGGAGCUACUGUUCCCGGAUGUAGUGGGAGAUCCAGGGCCAUACCAACAGCUGCUGGAAAGCGAGACUAUCUUCUUUGAAUAUGACAGAGAAGAGUGACACCGUGGCCCUACACAAGUCUUGCUUUGUCUCUCUGGAGAAUGCUUGAGAAUUCUGCGCUGUGUGAUGACCGGAGACUGGAUGAGAAAGCAGUUGUAACCGUCAACACAGUAAAUGUGUUCUACCACGGCACACUGAACAACUGGGCUCAGAGUGCAGUCUACACAUUCAUUCAAGUAUAGUGAAUGACUGCUGUGUUGCGUGAGAUCAGAUGUACAGAUGCGGAGGCAGUGGUUAUAUUGCAAUAAAGAAGUGGAAUAAAAUGUUUUACAAUCUACAAAAAGCCUACAGGUGUAAUCUACUCCACUAUUUGCUCAGAGUUAGAUUUCCCAAUUGACUUGGGGUUAAAUGAUAUAUCAGUUACUAUAGGGAUGUCCAGGCCCCCUUUUGAUUAGAACCCUGCCUGUGCUCUAACACAGCAUACCUUUCAUUUACCUACCCAUGUAUUUCAGCAUCCGUGUUCUUUUGACUGUAUGCAUUGGAUAUGGCAUGUAGGCCUUAUGGGUUGAGACAUAAAGGGCAAAACCUGGGUGGUCAGUAGCAUGCCACCAACACAUGUUAAUGCACUUGGCCCAUCACCUGUACAGUGCAUGCAUACAUACGAUCCUAUUAAAUUCCUAAUUUUAUGGUAUACACAUUGCCGGGCCGCCAGUGCUAUGUCUUUAUAGAACACUAGUUAGCCAAAUAAUAAUGUUGUGUAGUUGCAUGAACAGUGUGCUCAAAGAUUAUGAUAACUAACCCUGUAUGCUAGCAUCUGCGUUGUGUGAUGGUAGCUAUACCAUUGAAAAUAGGUUUAUUGUGUGACCAACAAAGGGCUCAUAACAACCAUUAUACAGUAUGUAAUGUAUGUGUCUCUCAGUCAUUUCCUUGUAUGAUUGAUGAUUAUGUACUGAGUAUGAAAUGCAAUCAGAAACAUAAGCUUCCUCCUCUACCUCUCUUCAGCACAGAUUCUCACUGGUAGUGGAUACAAGAGCACCCUUUGGAGAGAACAUUAGAUGGCAAAGUUUUCCCUAAAUGCUUAUGACAAACUAUUUCCAGAACCAGCCAUAGCCAGUGUUAUGAGUGAAGAUGGAAUGUGUUGUUGUUUAUCAUUGCCUGGGUACAAGGUCAUCACUAGAGCAUCAUGGGUAGGUCACAUUCAUCCGGAGGCAUCUGAGUGUAGCGGUACCGCUGUAUCACAGAAAAGUAUGUGUUAGGCUGUAUGCUAGCUAGCUGUAUCACACAAAGGUAGCAUGUUAGGCUGUAUGCUAGCUAGCUGUAUCACACAAAAGUAGCAUGUUAGGCUGUAUGCUAGCUAGCUGUAUCACACAAAAGUAGCAUGUUAGGCUGUAUGCUAGCUAGCUGUAUCAUACAAAGGUAGCAUGUUAGGCUGUAUGCUAGCUAGCUGUAUCACACAAAAGUAGCAUGUUAGGCUGUAUGCUAGCUAGCUGUAUCACACAAAAGUAUCAUGUUAGGCUGUAUGCUAUAUGUGAAUAAACCACCAGACAUCACAAGUAAAGUUACAACAUGUGCUUAUCUUUAUACACAUCAUCUGGUGUCAAAAGCUAGAAGAUUAGCUAUGGCAUAAGGACUCAAAAGAAUUGAUCCCCUUGUCUUUGUCGAAAAUAACAGAUAACAUUACUAGCUAUAAUCUAGCUAGAUAACAUUAGCUAGCAUGCUAGUUAGCUGUCAGUGUCAUCCCUAUCAGCAAGCUGUCAGUGUCAGUGCCCUCCCCUCCCUAUUUGUUGUUGUUUCACUCCACUCUACGUGGAAUUCACCACAAUGAUGUGUGUGCACACCCCCAAUUCAUGCCUAUCUAUUAGUAGCCUUGUGUGGAUCAAAUCAAAUCAAACUUUAUUUGUCACAUGCGCCAAACACAACAAGUUGUAGACCUUACCAUGAAACGCUUACUUACAAGCCAUUAACCAACAGUGCAGUUCAAGAAGAGUAUUAUUUACCAAUAAAAUAAAGUAAAACAAUUGUAAAAAGUAACACAAUAAAAUAACAAUAACGAGGCUAUAUACAGGGGGUACCGAGUCAGUGUCCUGGGGUACAGGUUAGUUGAGGUAAUUUGUACAUGUAGGUAGGGGUGAAGAGACUAUGCAUAGAUAUUAAACAGCGAGUAGCAGCAGUGUACAAAACAAAUGGAGAGUGGGGUGUAAAUGUAAAUAGUCCCGUGGCCAUUUGAUUAAUUGUUCAACAGUCUUCUGGCUUGGGCGUAGAAGCUGUUAAGGAGCCUUUUGGUCCUAGACUUGGUGCUCCGGUACCGCUUGUCGUGCGGUAGCAGAGAAAACUUUGGUGAUUGGAGUCUCUCUGACAAUUUUAUGGGCUUACCUCUGACACCGCAUAUUAUAUAGGUCCUGGAUGGCAGGAAACUUGGGUCCCAGUUAUGUACUGGACCGUACGCACUACCCUCUGUAGCACCUUACGGUCAGAUGCCGAGCAGUUGCCAUACCAGGCAAUGAUGCAACCUGUCAGGAUGCUCAAAUCAAAUCAAAUCAAAAUCAAAUCAAAUUGUAUUUGUCACAUACACAUGGUUAGCAGAUGUUAAUGCGAGUGUAGCGAAAUGCUUGUGCUUCUAGUUCCGACAAUGCAGUAAUAACCAACAAGUAAUCUAACUAACAAUUCCUAAACUACUGUCUUAUACACAGUGUAAGGGGAUAAAGAAUAUGUACAUAAGGAUAUAUGAAUGAGUGAUAGUACAGAGCAGCAUAGGCAAGAUACAGUAGAUGGUAUCGAGUACAGUAUAUGCAUAUGAGAUGAGUAUGUAAACAAAGUGGCAUAGUUAAAGUGGCUAGUGAUACAUGUAUUACAUAAGGAUGCAGUCCAUGAUAGAGUACAGUAUAUACGUAUGCAUAUGAAAUGAAUAAUGUAGGGUAAGUAACAUUAUAUAAGGUAGCAUUGUUUAAAGUGGCUAGUGAUAUAUUUACAUCAUUUCCCAUCAAUUACCAUUAUUAAAGUGGCUGGAGUUGAGUCAGUGUCAGUGUGUUGGCAGCAGCCACUCAAUGUUAGUGGUGGCUGUUUAACAGUCUGAUGGCCUUGAGAUAGAAGUUGUUUUUCAGUCUCUCGGUCCCAGCUUUGAUGCACCUGUACUGACCUCACCUUCUGGAUGAUAGCGGGGUGAACAGGCAGUGGCUCGGGUGGUUGAUGUCCUUGAUGGUGCAGCUGUAGAACUUUUUGAGGAUCUGGGGACCCAUGCCAAAUCUUUUCAGCGAGUAGACAAGGAACUGAAAUUGAGAUUCUCCCCUAAGUUCUCCUCCCUAUACAGUAGGCACUCAUAAAAGUAUAGAUUUAGGCAUUCACUUAAUUUUCUGUUCCUACUUCAAACCAAAUACUCUUGACAACUUUAUCUUUAGUAAAUUCAACUCCAGCCUUAAACUACACUGCCUUGGUCAUUGUAUUUUGUGUUUUUGUUUUAUAUUUGUUCAGGCCAGGGUGUGACAUGGGUUUAGUGUGUUGUCGUAUUGGGGUUUUUGUAGGCAUUGGGAUUGUGGUUGAUUAGGGGUGUGUUUAGGUUUGGCUGCCUGAGGCGGUUCUCAAUCAGAGUCAGGUGAUUCUUGUUGUCUCUGAUGGGGAACCGUAUUUAGGUAGCCUGGGUUUCACUGUGUAUUUCGUGGGUGAUUGUUCCUGUCUCUGUGUUAGUGUUCACCAGACAGGCUGUAUAGGUUUUUUCACGUUCCGUUUGUUGUUUUUGUAUUUAUAAGUUAUUUCAUGUAUCGUCAUUUGUUUUAAUUAAAAACAUGAGUAACCAACACGCUGCAUUUCGGUCCGACUCUCUUUCGACAAACGAAGAACGCCGUUACAGAAUCACCCACCACACACGGACCGAGCAGCGUGUUAACAGGCAGGAGCCACAGGAGAGGAAACAGAAGCAGCUUCAGUGGGAGAGGCUGCACCACUUGGAGAAUUGGACAUGGGAGGAAGAACUGGACGGAAAAGGACCCUGGGCUCAGCCUGGUGAAUAUCGCCGCCCCAAGGAGGAACUAGAGGCGGCUAAAGCGGAGAGGCGCUGGUAUGAGGAGGCAGCACGGCGACGUGGAUGGAAGCCCGGGAAUCAGCCCCAAAAAUUUCUUGGGGGGGGCUUACAGGGAGUAUGGCUACGCCAGGUUGGAGACCUGCGCAAACUCCCCGUGCUUACCGGGCGGCUAGAGAGACCGGGCAGGCACGGUGUUAUGCAGUGGUGCGCACGGUGUCCCCAGUGCGGGUGCAUAGCCCGGUGCGGUAUAUUUCAGCUCCGCGUAUCGGCCGGGCUAGAUUGAGCGUCGAGCCAAAUGCCAUGAAGCCGGCUCUACGCAUCUGGUCCCCAGUGCGUCUCCUUGGGCCGGCUUACAUGGCACCAGCCUUGCGCUCGGUGUCUCCGGUUCGCCUACAUAGCCCAGUGCGGGCUAUUCCACCUCGCCGCACUGGCAGGGCGACCGAGAGUAUUCAACCGGGUAAGGUUGGGCAGGUUCGGUGCUCAAGAGCUCCAGUGCGCCUGCACGGUCCGGUCUAUCCAGUACCACCUCCACACCCCAGCCAUCCGGUAGCAGCUCCCCGCACCAGGCUUCCUGUGCGUGUCUUCGGCCCAAUACCACCAGUGCCAGCACCACGCAUCAGGCCUACAGUACGCCUCGCCUCUCCUGCGCUGUCGGAGCCUUUCUCCUCUCCUGCGCUACCGGAGUCUCCCGCCUGUUCAGCGCUUCUAGAGCCUUCAUCCUCUACAGCGCUGUCGGAGCCUCCUGCCUGUUCGGAGCAGCCUGAGCUGCCAGUCUGCAUGGAGCAGCCAGAGCUGCCAGUCUGCAUGGAGCAGCUAGAGCUGCCAGUCUGCAAGGAGCUGCCAGUCUGCAUGGAACAGCCAGAGCUGCCAGUCUGCAUGGAGCAGCUAGAGCUGCCAGUCUGCAUGGAGCAGCCAGAGCUGUCAGUCUGCUUGGAGCAGCCAGAGCUGCCAGUCUGCAUGGAGCUGCCAGUCUGCAAGGAGCUGCCAGUCUGCAAGGAGCUGCCAGAGCUGUUAGUCUGCAUAGAGCAGCCAGAGCUGUCAGUCUGCAUGGAGCAGCCAGAAGUGUCAGUCUGCUUGGAGCAGCCAGAGCUGCCAGUCUGCAUGGAGCUGCCAGUCUGCAAGGAGCUGCCAGUCUGCAAGGAGCUGCCAGUCUGCAAGGAGCUGCCAGUCUGCAAGGAGCUGCCAGUCUGCAAGGAGCUGCCAGAGCUGUUAGUCUGCAUAGAGCAGCCAGAGCUGUCAGUCUGCAAGAAGCCGCCAGAGCUGUCAAUCUGCAUGGAGCAGCCAGAGCCGCCAGUCAGCAUGGAGCAGCCAGAGCCGUCAGUCAGCAUGAAGCAGCCAGAGCCGUCAGUCUGCCAGGAUCCGCCAGUCAGCCAGACUCUUCCAGAUCUGCCAGUCAGCCAGACUCUUCCAGGUCUGCCAGUCAGCCAGACUCUUCCAGGUCUGCCAGUCAGCCAGACUCUUCCAGGUCUGCCAGUCAGCCAGACUCUUCCAAGUCUGCCAGUCAGCCAGACUCUUCCAGAUCUGCCAGUCAGCCAGAUUCUUCCAGAUCUGCCAGUCAGCCAGACUCUUCCAGAUCUGCCAGUCAGCCAGACUCUUCCAGAUCUGCCAGACUCUUCCAGAUCUGCCAGUCAGCCAGACUCUUCCAGAUCUGCCAGUCAGCCAGACUCUUCCAGAACUGCCAGUCAACCAGACUCUUCCAGAUACGCAAGUCAACCAGACCCUUCCAGAUCCGCUAGUCAACCAGACUCAUCCAGAUCCGCUAGUUAACCAGACUCUUCCAGAUCCGCGAGUCAACCAGACUCUUACAGGUCUGCCAGUCAGCCAGACUCUUCCAGAUCUGCCAGUCAGCCAGACUCUUCCAGAUCUGCCAGACUCUUCCAGAUCUGCCAGUCAGCCAGACUCUUCCAGAUCUGCCAGUCAGCCAGACUCUUCCAGAACUGCCAGUCAACCAGACCCUUCCAGAUACGCAAGUCAACCAGACCCUUCCAGAUCCGCUAGUCAACCAGACUCUUCCAGAUCCACUAGUCAACCAGACUCUUCCAGAUCCGCGAGUCAACCAGACCCUUCCAGAUCUGCCAGUCAGCCAGACUCUUCCAGGUCUGCCAGUCAGCCAGACUCUUACAGGUCUGCCAGUCAGCCAGACUCUUCCAGGUCUGCCAGUCAGCCAGACUCUUCCAGGUCUGCCAGUCAGCCAGACUCUUCCAGAUCUGCCAGACUCUUCCAGAUCUGCCAGUCAGCCAGAUUCUUCCAGAUCUGCCAGUCAGCCAGACUCUUCCAGAUCUGCCAGUCAGCCAGACUCUUCCAGAUCUGCCAGACUCUUCCAGAUCUGCGAGUCAUCCAGACUCUUCCAGAUCCGCUAGUCAACCAGACUCUUCCAGAUCCGCUAGUCAUCCAGACUCUUCCAGAUCCGCGAGUCAACCAGACCCUUCCAGAUCCGCCAGUCAGCCAGGAUCUGCCAGACCUGCCAGCCAGCCAGGAUCUGCCUGAUUCAACUGCCUGGCUAGGCUUCCUCUCAGUGCUGGGCUUCCUCUCAGUGCUGGGCUUCCUCUGUCCCAAGCUGCCCCUCUGUCCCGAGCUGCCCCUCUGUCCCGAGCUGCCCCUCUGUCCCGAGCUGCCCUUCUGUCCCGAGCUGCCCCUCAGUCCAGUGGGGUUCUGGGUGAGGACUACUAGGCCAUGGUCGGCGGAGAGGGUGGAUUAUCCCAGGACGCGUAAGGGAGGAACUAUGACAUUAAUGGAGUGGGGUCCACGUCCCAAGCCUGAACCGCCACCAUGGACAGACACCCACCCAGACCCUCCCUAUGGUUUUGAGGUGCGUCCGGGAGUCCGCACCUUAGGAGGGGGGGGGUUCUGUCACGCCUUGGUCAUUGUAUUUUGUGUUUUUCGUUUUAUAUUUGUUCAGGCCAGGGUGUGACAUGGGUUUAUUGUGUUGUCGUAUUGGGGUUUUUGUAGGCAUUGGGAUUGUGGUUGAUUAGGGGUGUGUUUAGGUUUGGCUGCCUGAGGCGGUUCUCAAUCAGAGUCAGGUGAUUCUUGUUGUCUCUGAUGGGGAACCGUAUUUAGGUAGCCUGGGUUUCACUGUGUAUUUCGUGGGUGAUUGUUCCUGUCUCUGUGUUAGUGUUCACCAGACAGGCUGUAUAGGUUUUUUCACGUUCCGUUUGUUGUUUUUGUAUUUAUAAGUUAUUUCAUGUAUCGUCAUUUGUUUUAAUUAAAAACAUGAGUAACCAA